AUGUUCCCUCUCUCUCUGCCGCGCAUCUUCCCCACGCUGCACUGUGACUCGGACGAACUCGCAGUGUCGGAACGCACCGUCACCGCCCUGCGACGUGUUCGGAACGUGAUGGCUGUCCCAGAGACCGAGCUGAAGCGAUGGAGACGCAUAUUCGACGCGAAUGCGCAGACAGAGGUGGACGGACAGAAGUUUUUGACCAGCGAGCAGUUCGUCAACGCGAUUGCGCCGGCGCGCGACUCCAAGAUCGGACGCGCCCAGUUCUCCAUUCUUUUCCGUGUCGCAGACACCAGCAAGCGUGGUCUGGUGUCGUGGGACGACUUCGUUGUGUUUGAGACACUGCUCAAGCGGCCUGAUGCGGACUAUUGGAUAGCAUUCCAGUAUUUUGACGUAGAUGACUCGGGUACGAUCACCCUCGACGAGUUCAAGAACGUGUUUCAGGCGAACGUCGGAUCACAUGUUAUUCCGUUCGACUUUGACUGCGACUGGGUGAAGCUAUACCUCGGAACAAAGAAUGGACACCAUGUUCUUGGAUACAACGAAUUCACACAGUUGAUGAAGGGUCUUCAAGGCGAGCGGUUGCGACAGGCGUUCAAGUACUUUGAUAAAGACCAUGAUGGCUUUAUCUUGCCGGAGGAAUUCAAGAGAAUCCUCAUGGAAAUCGCGGGACAUAAACUGUCCGAGGCUGUUAUCGAGCGACUGCCGACGUUGACAGUGCUCUCGCCUGGCGGACGGAUAUCCUACUCUGAAGUCAUUGCCUUCCAUAAUGUCGUCCGAGAGAUGGAUAUUCUAGAGCGUAUCAUUCGAGAAGCCAUUGCCAAAUCAAAAGACGGGCGCAUCGACCAGUCAGACUUCCUGAACUACUGCGAGACCGCAACACGCUAUUCGCUCUUUACGCCCAUGGAGGCGUCCAUCAUUUUCCACUUUGCCGGACGCGGAAAUGCCACACAGCGUUUGGCGUUCGUAGACUUUGCACAGCUGCUGGAUCCACGGUGGCGAGCGCCGCUGGAACGCGAUGAGCAGGAGGGCGAGACAACCACCACAGCAAAGUCGUUCCUGCACUCGGUCGCGCACUCGGUGUAUAACUUUGUGCAGGGAGGUAUUGCGGGCGCAUUUGGUGCGACGAUUGUAUACCCAAUAGAUCUCGUCAAGGUAGAAAUGCAAAACCAACGGAGCACGGUCGUCGGCCAGCUCCUUUACAAAAACAGUCUGGACUGCGUGAAGAAGGUCUUCCGUAAUGAAGGUUUCAUUGGGUUCUACCGUGGUCUAGGGCCGCAGCUCAUCGGCGUCGCACCGGAGAAAGCUAUCAAGCUAACUGUCAAUGACUUCAUUCGUGCGCGUGCGAUGGACCCCGAGACGGGCAGAAUCAAGUUGUUCUGGGAACUUGUGGCUGGUGGUUCUGCGGGUGGUUGUCAAGUGAUCUUCACGAACCCUCUAGAGAUUGUCAAAAUUCGGCUGCAGAUACAGGGAGAGGCGGCUAAGCUGGAGGGCGCAAUACCAAAAGGUGCUGUGCACAUCAUCCGGCAGCUGGGUCUGUUGGGUCUGUACAAGGGUGCCAGCGCCUGCCUACUCCGCGAUAUACCAUUUUCUGCCAUCUACUUCCCGGCAUACUGGCACUUGAAGAGGGACGUGUUCGAAGAGGGGUACAACGGCAAACAGCUUUCAUUCUUUGAAACACUGGCGUCGGCAGCCAUCGCCGGCAUGCCUGCGGCGUACUUCACUACUCCUGCAGAUGUGGUCAAGACACGCUUGCAAGUGGAGGCGCGCACUGGCCAGACGCAUUAUAAGGGCAUGGGUGAUGCGUUCGUCAAAAUCUGGCAAGAGGAGGGCUUCAAGGCAUUCUUUAAAGGAGGCCCGGCACGUAUCGUCCGAAGCAGUCCGCAAUUUGGGUUCACGCUUGUUGCAUACGAGUAUCUGCACAAGUUCUUCCCCUAUCCCUACGGCGGCCAGCAGAAGGUGGAGACGCCUCUCACCAUCCAAUCAGAAGACCUUACCAAGGUACGUGCGCGGAAUGCGCUCAAGAUUCUGCUCGACGUGCACGGCGACUUUGGUCGACGGCCUGUCGCGUAA